GUUCAGGCUAGCUUGCGCGGUCGUGUCAUUCAAGUUUGCGUGCAGAAGAAUGACUAAUAAUAUCAAUGUCGAUAGGAGCAUCUAAGAUUUAUGUCUGAGAGGUUCAUUAUUUCAAAGGAGCCGUUCGUUAAUAUCGUUCAGUGCAGGGUAUUUACUACGAACGCAGCGCGGUGUCAGUUAGGUUUAUGUUGGUGAAGCACAACUGGGAAAAUGCAAACGUAAGCCAGGCCAGAUAGCUGAACGCUGGCUGGCUGUAAUUCAACCACACGGGAGCAUAAAUGAUUUCAUGAACGAAUUUGCAGAGUUGGUCUUCAACAGUGGUGAAGAUGCGGAAGGACGUCAGAAUAUUACUGGUGGGAGAGCCCAAGGUGGGGAAGACUUCCCUGAUCAUGUCCCUGGUCAGCGAGGAGUUCCCACAGGUGGUGCCCUACCGGGCUGAAGAGAUCACCAUACCGGCAGACGUCACCCCAGAGAGAGUUCCUACACACAUAGUAGACUACUCAGAGGCAGAACAAACAGAUGAGCAGUUGUCUUCAGAGAUAUCGAAGGCCAAUGUGAUUUGCAUAGUGUACGCCGUCAACAACAAGAAGUCCAUUGAGAAGGUGACCAGCCAUUGGAUUCCACUUAUAAAUGAAAAUACAGACAAGGACAGCAGGGUUCCUGUCAUCCUGGUCGGGAACAAGUCUGACCUGGUGGAACACAGCAGCAUGGAGACCAUCCUGCCUGUCAUGAACCAGUACACUGAGAUAGAGACAUGUGUGGAGUGUUCAGCAAAGAACCUGAAGAACAUAUCUGAGUUGUUUUACUACGCCCAAAAGGCUGUCCUGCACCCCACUGGCCCUUUAUACUGUCCAGAGGAGAAACAGAUGAAGCCUGCUUGCAUCAAAGCGCUGACUCGCAUCUUCAAGGUGUCAGACCUGGACAACGAUGGGAUUCUCAAUGAUAACGAGCUCAACUUCUUCCAGAGGACAUGCUUCAAUGCCCCACUGGUAUCCCAGGCCCUGGAGGAUGUGAAGAACGUUGUGAGGAAGAACGUGAGCGACGGUGUGUGUGACAACGGCCUCACUCUCAAAGGGUUCCUGUUCCUCCACACCCUCUUCAUCCAGAGGGGGAGACAUGAGACCACCUGGACGGUCCUCAGGAGGUUCGGCUACGAUGACGACCUGGAACUCCACCAGGACUACCUGUUCCCACUCACGUUGAAAGUACCUCCAGACUGCACCACUGAGCUGAAUCACAAUGCCUACCUCUUCCUCCAGAGUGUCUUCGACAAACAUGACAAGGACCGGGACUGUGCCCUGUCCCCAGAGGAGCUGAAGGACCUGUUUGACGUGUUCCCCUACAUGCCCUGGGGUCCCGACGUCAACAACACGGUGUGCACCAAUGACGAAGGCUGGAUCACCUACCAGGGCUACCUGUCCCAGUGGACGUUGACCACCUACCUGGAUGUCCAGCGCUGCCUGGAGUACCUGGGUUACCUUGGUUACUCCAUCAUCUCUGAGCAGGAGUCCCAGGCAGUGGCCAUCACAGUGACGAGGGACAAGAAGAUUGACCUGCAGAAGAAGCAGACCCAGCGCAGUGUGUUCCGCUGCAACGUCUUCGGGGACAGCGGCAGUGGCAAGAGUGGCUUCCUGCAAGCCUCCCUCGGAAGAAACCUCACGCGUCAAAACACUGUUAGCGAAGAGCACAUGUCCUACUAUGCUAUCAGCACAGCAUAUGUGUAUGGUCAGGAGAAAUACCUGCUGCUCCACGAGGUCUUCCCGGACUUUGACGUCCUCUCGGACACUGACCUGGCUUGUGACAUUGUGUGUCUGGUGUACGACGCCAGCAACCCCCACUCCUUCGAGUACUGCGCCAGAGUCUUCAAGCAGUACUUCAUGGACACCAAGACACCGUGCAUGAUGAUCGCUGCCAAGUCGGACCUCCAGGAGGCCAAGCAGCUCUACGCCCUCACCCCUCUGGAGUUCUGUAGGAAGCACAAGAUGCCCCCUCCGCAGGCCUUCACCUGCAACACGGCAGACGCACCCUGCAAAGACAUCUACACCAAACUCACCACCAUGGCCAUGCACCCUCACGCUCGGCUGCGCUGUAUGUGUACCUGUAACAGGUGCACCUUCUGCCACCUGCAGAACUUCAUCAACUCAGAGCUGGUGCAGACGGUGAAGGCCAAGCUCUACACCGCUAUUCUCAGCAGACAUGUGACACAGGCUGACUUGAAGAGCUCCACCUUCUGGUUGAGAGUGAGCGCGGGAGCCACUGUGUUCGCCGUGCUGGGAUUCGCCAUGUACAGAGUGCUGCUCAAACAACGGUGAUCCACCCACCACCGUGCAAAUCUAACCUCUGCGAUACUUGUACGCAAAUCUGUUUGUGCUGUUUUGCCAACUCCUAGGUCUAUAAGCGAAAAGCUAGGAUUCAUUCCAGUCUCCCAUUGACCUCAAUACAUGACUAAAUGAAAAUUCAACUUAAGUACAAGUUAGGAUUUGCCCCAUAGGAAAUAGGAGUUGGCAGGACCGCACAAACAGAUCUGGGACCAGGCUAAACCUUGUACCCUCUCCCAAUAAAUAUCUCUGUACGGUUAUAAAACAUCCAGUAUGUCCCCCAUGUGAUGAGGGGGGAAAAGCGAACUUUAUUUAGUUUUACACCUAGAGAUUUCACAAGAAAAUGACUGCUAUUGUUCUUUAUUUUGGUGUCUGCGCACUCAGUAUGUCUAUAUAUAAUAUUUAUAUUCAAAAUGUGAUUAUAUAAGUACUGAUGAAGCUCGUGAUUUCUUCUCUUUGCGCAAUAUAUAUAUAUAUAUAUAUAUAUAUAUAUAUA